AGGACCAGUGUGAACAUCUGUUGUGGAAGUCGUUUUCCUGAAUACCAUCUUUUAAAUCAAGAAGAUCCAUUUAAAGAAGUUAUGAAAUCUUCAAAAUUAAACAGUGAUGUUUGUAGAAAAACAAAUAUAAAUGGAAGUAACAUAAAACAAUCUAAUAUACAUGAAGGUGAUGAUAAACCAUACAGUUAUGUAACAUGUGGAAAGGAAAGUGUAACAUUGGAUAACGUAAAACAACAGAAGAGAAUAAGGUACGGAAAGAAAUUGUACAGAUGUGAAGUUUGUAGUAAACAAUUUAGAUUUAAUAGUGAAUUGAAAAAACAUGAACAAAUGCAUACUGGAGAGAAACCUUACACUUGUGCAGUUUGUGAAAAACAUUUUCAAACAAGUAAUGUUUUAAAAAUACAUCAAAGAAUACAUACUGGGGAGAAACCUUACAGUUGUGAUAUUUGUGGAAAACAAUUUCGAACUAGUGGUAACUUGAAAAGACAUGAACAAACACAUACAAGGGAGAAACCUUACAGUUGUUCAGUUUGUGGAAAACAGUUUCAAACAAGUAAUGGUUUAAAAAUACAUCAAAGAAUACAUACUGGGGAGAAAUCUUACAGUUGUUUAGUUUGUGAAAAAGACUUUAGAAUAAAUUGGGAAUUAAAAAUACAUCAAAGAAUACACACUGGAGAGAAACCAUAUUGCUGUGACAUUUGUAGAAAACAAUUUAGUAGUAACUCUAGCUUAAAAGAACAUGAACGAAUACAUACUGGGGAGAGACCCUACAAUUGUGUAGUAUGUAAUAAACAGUUUAAAACAUAUAAGGCAAUAAAAUAUCAUGAAAGAAUACAUACUGGGGAGAAACCUUUCUGUUGUACAAUUUGUGGAAAGGACUUCAGAUCAACUAGUGACUUAAAAAUGCAUCAAAGAAAACAUACUGGGGAGAAACCUUACAGUUGUGAUGUUUGUGGAAAACAAUUUGGAACUAGUGGUAACUUAAAAAGACAUGAACAAACACAUACAGGGGAGAAACCUUACAGUUGUGCUGUUUGUGGAAAAAACUUUAGAACAAAUGAGGAAUUAAAAAUACAUGAAAGAAGACAUACUGAGGAGAGACCAUACUGUUGUAAAUUUUGUAGAAAGAAAUUUAAAACAAAUGCUGAAUUAAAACAACAUCAAAGAAUACACAGUGGGGAGAAACCUUACAACUGUAUAGUAUGUGAUAAACAGUUUAGAACAAGUUAUGCAUUAAAAUAUCAUAAAAAAAUACAUACUGGGGAGAAACCUUACAGUUGUGACAUUUGUGGAAAACAAUUUGGAACUAGUGGUAGAUUCAAAAGUCAUGAACGGAUACAUGUUGAAGUGAAACCUUACCAUUGUGCUGUUUGUGGAAAAGACUUCAAAACAAAAUGUGAAUUAAAAAUACAUCAAAGAAUACAUAUUGAAGGGAAGAGUGUGUAGUGUGUAAAAAACAAUAUAGUUGUAACUAGCUUAAGGAAACGUGAAGAAAGACAUAAUUUUGUGACACUUGUGUAAUAUGUGAUAAACAGUUUAUAACAAAUGGUGGAUUAAGAUAUCAUAACACAUACAGAGAAUCUUUACUGCUGUACAGUUAGUGAAAAAUAAUUCUCAAGUGACUCUAUCUUAAAAGUGCAUUGAAUGAUACUCUUACGAAGAGAAACCAGUUUCACAGUUUAUGGAAAACAGUUUGGAGCAAACGGUAAAAUAAAAAUACAUUCGAGAAUGAACACCUAAGAGAAACUGUACUGUUGUUUACUGCAUUGUAAAGAGUUUGUAACAAACUGUAACUACUACUGAAUGUAGUUAUUGUUUAAAGUUUAUUGAACCAGAUGAGGCAGGAUUAAGGUGUAUAGAUCUGUCUUUGGUGUUUUUUUGGUAACCUUUGGAGAUGUUAGAUAUGAUAAGGUGAUAAAAUUAAAUCUGGAUGGAGAGAACAAUCAUUGUUUCUGUAAAAGGAAAUAGUAAGAAACUUUAUAACUGAACAGUUUUAUUUCCUAGUUUUUUUAUGUAUAGACAGUAAGUAUUGAUUAGAACCAGUUUCUUUAUAUUAAUAUUUCAACAUGUACUGAGAAUGUCCUGCUAUAAUUGAUUUCUCAACACUUACAGACCU